AUGGCGUCCAAGUUCUGGGGAGGAGGCUCCUCUUCGGAGGAAGAGAGCCAAUACUCGGAGUCCGAGUCCGGGUGGUCCGAGUCGGGAUCCGGGUCCUCCUCGAGCUCCGAGUCGUCGUCCAGCGCGUCGUCGUCCUCGUCGUCGUCGUCCUCCGAGGGGGGCGCCGCGCGCUUCCUCGCGGGCUCGGACUCGGACACGGACAGCGAAGAUGGGUGGGGGGGCAAGCGCACGGUCAAGUCGAAGCGCACGAAGGGCCUCGAGGCGGUCCAGCAGGCGCGCGACGAGAUCACGAACGCCGCCGCGGCGGGCGACUGGGCGGCCGUGAGCGGGUCGUUCGACCGGCUGUUGCAGCUGGCGGAGCGUGCGCAGGCGCCGAGCGCGCUGGGCGUGGUGCCGGCGCCGCCGCGCGCGUUCAUCGCGGCGCUGGUGGAGCUGGACGCGGAGGUGUCGGGCGCGCUCGCGGACGAGGACGCGCGCAAGAGCAUGAACCGUCCGCAGGCCAAGGCGCUGAACGUGAUGAAGCAGCGGAUCCGGAAGGCGAUGGGCGUCGAGCCGUGGCAGGAGCUGAUUCGGAAGUGCAAGGAGGACCCGGAGAACUUCGAGGCGGAGGGCGACGAGGCGGAGGGCGCCGAGGGCGAGGGCGCGGCGGGGGUGGAGGAGGAGGAGGUACAGAAGGAGGACCCUAUCUUCAGCAUGGAGCUCAAAGACAUCACCUUCCAAAUGGUCAACGAGCGCCUCCAGGCCGCGCGCAUGGCCCGCGGCAAGAAGGGCACCUCCAAGCAGGACCAGCUCCGCAUGCUCCUGCUCCUCCUCAAGGCCACCGCGUCCAAGGACGUGCGCUCGCAGCAGGCCGCGGUCCUCCUGCACCUCAUCUCGCUGCUGUUCGACUUCACGCACAGCGCCGCCGCGCACAUCCCCGUGCCGCUCUGGAAGCGCGCGGUGUACUACACCGUCGCGCUGCUCGACCUGCUCGAGGCCAACCCGCUCGUGGUCCUCGACGAGCUCUCGGAGGCGUACGAGGAGCGCACGGAACCCCCCCCGGGGGACCAGCCCGUCAAGGUGCCGGGCAACCUGGUGGGCUUCGUGGAGCGGCUCGACGACGAGCUGUUCAAGUGCCUGCAAGUGACGGACCCGCACACGAACGCGUACCUCGCGCGCAUGAAGGACGAGGCCGUGCUGCUGGCGCUGGCGCAGCGGGUGAGCGCCUACCUGGCCAAGACGGGCAACACGGCGGGGCUGGCGCGCGUGGCGCUGCGGCGCGUGGAGCACUACUACUACAAGACGGAGGCGGUGUUCGAGGCGCUGCGGCGGGCGUCGCAGGAGCCGCUGGAGGUGACGGUGGCCGACGGGGAGACGCGGCUGGACUUCUCGAUGGCCGAGGAGGGCGAGGAGGGCGCGCAGGCGUCGCUCGAGCUGCAGUUCGAGGGCAACGAGACGCUGCAGGACCUCGUGCGCAGCCUCUCGCAGACGAUCUACCAGCACGGCGACGAGCGCGGCAAGGCGCGCGCGCUGCUGUGCAACGUCUACGCCGGGUCGCUCCGCGGCGACUUCUACGGCGCGCGCGACCUCCUGCUCAUGAGCCACCUCCAGGGCAACGUCCAGCACAUGGACAUCUCCACCCAGAUCCUCUACAACCGCACGAUGGCCAUGCUCGGCAUCUGCGCCUUCAAGGAGGGCCUCGUCCAGGACGCGUACCACUGCAUCGCGGAGCUGUACGGGUCCGGGCGCAUGAAGGAGCUCCUCGCGCAGGGCCUGAUCAUGUCGAAGACGGCGGACCGCACGCCCGAGCAGGAGGCGCUCGAGCGGCGCCGCCAGAUGCCCUUCCACAUGCACAUCAACCUCGAGCUGCUCGAGACGGUGCACCUCUCGUGCUGCGUGCUGCUCGACGUCCCGGCGCUCGUCCGCACGGGCCGCACGUCGAUGCAGUCCAAGCAGUUCCUGCGGCUGGUCGAGAACCAGUCGAAGGCCAGCUUCAUCGGGCCGCCGGAGACGGUGCGCGACCACGUGAUGGCGGCCACGCGCGCGAUGCUGCAGGGCGACUGGCGCAAGGCGUUCAACUACCUCACCGCGCUGCGGUCGUGGCAGCUGCUGCCCGACAGCAAGCGCGUGAUGGCCAUGCUCGAGGCCGAGCUCAAGCGCGCGGCGCUGCGGGUGCACCUGCUCAAGUACGCGCAGACGUACGCGAGCAUCUCGCUGUCGCACCUCGAGGAGAUGUUCGACCUGCCGUCCAAGGCCGUCCUGUCGACGGUGUCGGACAUGAUUAUCCGCGACGACCUGCCGGCGAGCCUCGACCAGCCGUCGGGGACGCUGCAGCUGCACACGGUCACGACGCCGCCGCUGCACCGCGCCGUGCACGCGCUGCUGGACAAGGCGACGAUCCUCGUGGACUACAACGAGCGCGCGGCGUCGUUCCGCGCCGGGGGGCUGCAGGACAACGACGAGGACGGGCGGCCGAUCGACCUGGGCGAGGGGCGCAGGCGGUCGCGGGCGCGCGGGCAGUUCGCGCGGAUGUCGCAGUUCGCGCAGGGCGGGCGCGGGGAGCGCAGGAACGAGUUCCGCCCGAAGGGGCGGCGCAACGACCGGCAGGGGGCCAACUACCUGGCGCUCGGGUCGUACGCGGGGGGCGGGGGCGGCCGCGGGCGCGGGCUGCGGCAUGAGCGCGGGCUGGGCGGCGGCGAGCGCGGGCUCGGGGGCAUGGUUGGGAUCUAG